UACAAAUUGCCUAAAUAAAACAACUUUUACACGAUAUUCUAAUUUUCCGAGUAGUACCUGUAUGUACGGGAGCUUGUUGCUGCCAUGCCAGACAAAUAUACAUUUAGCAGUAUCACAUUUUAACAUGUGAUCAAUUAUCAUAUUAUAACAUGAAAGUUUUCAACAAUUUGUCUGUUUUCGUUCCACUACUCUUAAAGCCCUAGUUUUAGGAUGCAUCUUGUAUGUGUUUGUGCUUUUAAUCCAAACACGUGAUUUAAAGGUCAAAGCAAGUGAAUGAAAGAAAAAAGUUCAGGUUAAAACCUAAAAUGAUGCUUGGUUUCUUCUGAAUGAAGACAAGAAAGUGCACGUUUGUUCUAUUUUAUUUUGAAAAUCUCUACACACCUUCUUUUGCUGUUUUCUUCCGUUAUUUUAACUAACGGGAGCGAACAGGUUCCGGUAGGACCCUUUUCUCAAUCUAGUUCAUAAAGUAAACCUGUUACACGUAUUAAAUGUGUUACACGUAUCUAGUAUUUACCUGUUAAAAGUCUGUUUUAUUGCUUGCUUUAACCAUAUGUAUAACCGUUUAUUUGUGUUAUUACAACUUAAAAACACCAUCCAGUUGGCGGUAAUAUUUUGGUGACGGACCGUGUGGGAGAACAUGUGAGAGAUGGCGGCUCCUCCAGCUCAGGAGUUAACUCUGAUCGGUCUGUGUGAUGGAGAGCUCGACUCGAAAAAACACCAGUCCUCAUAUCACACCAACAAAGUCGGGGGUCAGCCGGACUGGCUGCCGCUCAUCUCCCGGCAGUACCCCCGCUGUGGUCGCUGCGGAGCCCCGCUAGCCCAUGUGGUCCAGGUGUACUGUCCCCUGGAUGCCUCUCCCUACCACAGGAACCUCCACCUGUUCGCGUGCCCAGGUGCCGAGUGCAGCGCUGGGCCAGAGUGUUGGAGGGUGCUCCGCUCUCAGUGUUUGGAGGCGGAGGUGGCAGCAGCGCAGACACCCAGCCGGUCAGUCCCGGCUCAGGCGCCUCCUCUGUCGGCCACUGACUGGUGUGACACCGCUGAUGACUGGGGGAUGGAUGAAGGUGGUGGUGAUGAUGGAUGGGGUGGAGGUGUGAAGGAGGACAGCCAGGUUCAAGAGGAGGCACCAGCUCCUGAAGCAGAGGCGGUCAGUGAUAUUGAUGUCAGCAGCCAGCUUCAAGAUCUUACUCUGGGGGAGUCACAGGAGGAUGUUCCUGUCCUCCGUUCGUUUUUCAUCAGCGUGAUGGACGAGUCAGAUUUGGGUGAAGAGGAAGAUGACCUGCAACACGCUCAGAGGCUGCUGAAGGAGUACGAGAAGAGGGAGGGAGUUAAAGUGGGAGAGCUGGAUGACUGCGGCGAAGGUGGCAGCGCAGAGGAGAAAUAUGAAAAGACAAGAGCCCGACACGGAGACGCCAUCUUCUCCAGGUUCAUGAAGAAGAUCUCACCGUGUCCUCAGCAGAUCUUGCGGUAUUGUCGCGGUGGGAAGCCGCUCUUCGUCUCCGAGCCACCACCCAACAUGGCUCAGAUGGUUUCAGCGUGUGGCUCCUGCGGAGGAUCCAGGACUUUUGAGCUGCAGCUGAUGCCGGCUCUGGUCAGUCUUCUGCAGAGGAAGGACGGCGGCGCUGAAGCAGAGCUGGAGUUUGGGACGGUGGUGGUUUAUACCUGCAGGAACAGCUGUUGGACAGCAGGAUCAAGAUCAGCUCUGGAGGAAUUCUGCUUUGUUCAGGCGGACCCCGACCAGCAACUCUUUAAAUAACUACACAGAAUUGAAGAUGAGCUUGAUCCUCAAUGUGUCCAUUGGGGCAGAAAAAGAUUAUUAAUAAAGGAAAACUGAGCAGGUUCUGGAGGCUGCUUUUCAUUUCUGGGUCCUCGAAAGACCAAAGAUACUCCCAGAUUUGAUUGCACUGUUACACGUGCAGCAAAGCCACACCCAUGUGUGGUGUCACCUGUCACCUGUGACUUUCAACCAGAGGGGGCAGAAAAACAUUUUAUAAAGGAGUUAUGUGGCUGUCCGAUCACUGUUGAUAGUUAAUGUAGUCAAAUGAAGCAAUAAAUGACUCGGUGCGUGCUAUAUUGAUAGAAGAUAUAACUGAAAUCUAAUCUUCCAACACCAGUGUUGUCAUGAUGUGAUGAAGAACUACAGGUUGUUUCAGUUCAGAGCAUGGAGGUAACAAUAUACACGUGUGAAAAAGACAAACUGCAGUAAUUCAUUUGCUUAAGCAAAUUUAAGUUCAUGUGCAAUGCAUCCUCGUACUUCAGUUGACUACAUUUACCAUCAACACUUGGAUGUGGAAAAUCUUCCCUUUUAAACUGUAAUGCAUCUCUGGAGAAGCCCAAACCACUUUUGUCACAGCAAGUGAAGAAGGAUACAGUAGAUGAAGAAAAGUUUGCUACCAAAGAAUAGAUCAUGCUCAUAGUUUGUGUUCUUACCAAAUGAACAAAUUUAGGUUUUAACAGUCCCCCAGACAUUGUAGCAUUUUCUGCUGUAAAAAGACCCGUCACAGUUUACAGUUGUCUUGGAUUGAAAAUGCAUUUGGUUAUUAAAAAAAAGGAGCAUCAAAAUGAUCAAAUCAAUCAGUUAUAAGAGUUACUCUGUGAUGAUUGUCUCACGUUUUACAAACAGCGUAAUAUUCUUGCCACAGUUUGAGUGCUGAGGUGCAGAAUAUGUUGCAGCUGUUUUCUCCCUGUGCGAUUCAGUGAGGAUUGAAUAACAUUCUUAACUUUG